AGGAGGAGAAAGAGGAGGGAGUGUAUAGGAGUGUGAAUACCCUUGCUGAACAGUAGUCAGACUCACCUCACCACUGCUGCAUAGCAAUUGUGUUCUGAGGAUUUGACUUCCUAUUUUGUGGCUGAAUGAGAAGGAAGAUUUCUUUGUCCGUGUCAUUGGAAUAUGGUGGGCCUGUCUUCCUCAGGAAAUAAUGCCAUGGAGGUCCUGGUGACGGAGCUAAAUGUUUUGCUGAAGCUGCUGGACCAUGAGACUUUGAGCUCUCCUACAGAAGAAAAGAAGACCUCUGUCAGAAACCUGCUGAAACAACUACAACCUACAGUGACAGGAGCAGACUAUUUAUACAUGAAUACUUCAGUCUACCAAAAUGGAACCAGCUUUGUGGAAUCCCUCUUUGAGACAUUCAACUGUGACUUAGGAGAGCUGAAAGACAUGACAGAGAACCAGAAACGGGAGUCAAUCACAAACACAGACGCGCACACAGCAGACACAACUCUUUCGAAACAGAAUGCAGACUCCUCUCCUCGCUCGGCCGAGACCCCCCCGCCCCUGCCCACCACCCCCCCUCCUGAGGGCGACUAUGAAGAGGCUGCACCCCUCAGUCCAGGCAAGCAGCCUGAGUACAUCACCACGCGCCCUAGCUCCAGACUGCCGAACUCCAUAGAGGAUGGUUACUAUGAGGAGGCGGAGAACAACUACACGCCCACCUGCAUCAACAGACGACGCAACAACUCCUACAAUGACUCGGAUGCCCUGAGUAGCUCCUAUGAGUCCUAUGAGGACGAUGAGGAGGAGAGAGGAGCGGGGACAGAGUCCAGGCCGACCCACCAGUGGCCUAGUGAUGAGAGUUCCAUGCUGUCUGCCAGGGACUGCAGAAUCUGCGCCUUCCUGCUGCGGAAGAAACGCUUCGGACAGUGGGCCAAGCAACUGACUGUCAUACGAGAGAACAGGCUACAGUGCUUUAAGAGCUCCAAGGACUUGUCCCCGUACGUCGACCUGCACCUGCCCCAGUGCACUGUGGUCUACACCCCGAAAGACGGACGCAGGAAGAGGCACGAGCUGAGGUUCACUCUGCCCAGCGGAGACUCCCUCGUCCUGGCUGUUCAGAGCAAGGAGCAGGCAGACAUGUGGCUCAGAGUUGUCCGUGAAGUCAGUGGCCAGGAGAAAGGAGCAGAUGAGUCCAUUUCUCCCAUUAUUCCCAGAAAGACUGAGCUGGAGAAGAGGCUGUCUGGUGAGAAGACUACGUCCGACUCAGACAGUGUCGGGGUGACCGCAGCAGAGAACACCAGAGACAGUGGUAAGGUGAAGCGGGGUGCUCUGGCAGCAGGUCGUAAGAUAACACGCAUCAUUAGUUUCUCCAAGAGGAAGCAUCCCCUCCCCAGUGACUCACGCACGCUCCCUACUGACACACACCCUGGCCGAGGCUACCUGUCUGUGCUGGUGAACCAGGUGUGGAGGCAUCUGUGGUGUUGUGUAAGUCGAGGCUCUCUCCACUUCCACCCUGACCGAGGGGACCCGCGGCCCUUCCUGGCCCCUUUACACCUCCACGGGUGCGAGGUGUCCCCAGGACUGGGCCCCAAACACCCCUUCGCUCUCAGGAUAUUAAGGGGGGCUACAGAGGUGGCUGCAUUAGAGGCUCGUAGUUCUGAGGAGUUAGGUCGGUGGCUGGGUGUGCUGCUGGCAGAGACGGGGACGUCCACAGACCCAGAGUCUUUACACUACGACUAUGUUGACGUGGAAACCAUCGCUAACAUCCGAGAUGCCGCGCGACACUCCUUCCUGUGGGCCACAUCUUCUAGCAGCACCUCUACAGACUCAAGGCCGUAUGACGAUGUUCCCUACGAGGGAGAGCAGACUGAGGAGGAGAGUCGGGCAAAGCGGAGGUCCCGGUUCUCCAGCAGUGAUUCUGGGACCACCAAGUCGACCCUGAAACACACUGGCUCCAACGCCAAUCAGUAUGGCCUCUAUGGGAAAACGCGAGCGCAGGAGGACGCCAAACGUUACAUGAGAGAGAAAGAAGAGAUGGAGAGAGAGAGGGAUAGGAUACGGAGUAGCCUGCUGACACUAAGACAGGAGAGGAGAGAGGCAAAGGAGAGGCUGAAGGCAGCUACAGAGAACCAGAGGGAGUCCAUGAAUCUGCGUGUGUGCCAGCUGGAGGAGGCAUGCCGGGGGAAGGAGAGUGAGAGAGUGGACCUGGAGCUUCGGCUGACCCUGGUUAAGGAGAACCUGAAAAAGAGUCUGGCUGGAGGGGCACUGGGGGCCCCCGCAGAGACAAGACCCUCCAGCAAGGUCGAUACCUGUAAAUCCCAGAGUCCUUAUUACAGUGUCUUUGAGGCCCGUAAGAAACCCCCUAUCUACACCUCAUCUAAAGGAAUCGUCAUGCAGAAAGCAAUGGAGUGGGAAUCGAAGAAAGGCACUUAGGAAUGUUAUGGAUGUCACCGCAGGGUUUGGCAUUAUUGACCAAGUAUCAGAGAAAGAGAAAAAGAAAGACCAUGUGUAUGUGUUAUAUUGUUGUAGGUAUGUGACUGACGGACAAGUACAGAAAAUGUUUGAGCCAGUGUACAGCAAGGAUGUUGCAGUAUACCUUGAUGAAUGACAGAAAAGAGGAGAAGGACACGGUGAUGUACUACUGGAUUGAAUGUGCCAAAAGAGUUUGAGGCAAUUAAGCCCUUUGCUAGUUCCAUGCUAGCUGCUCCUGUAGACUACCAGUCAUUACAGCAAACGUAGUUAGCAAAAACUCCAGAUUCUACCUUCAGCUUUCUUCAAACUUCAGAGACAUAAAAAUGGUAUCCAUGAGUUCACCUGACUAUGGUUUAGUUGAGAGGAUGAUAUGAUAUAUAAACUAUCCAUAACAUCGAUCUGUUUAACUUUAUUUUCCCAUUUCCCGGUUUAUUUCUAUCUGUACAAACAGAAGCCAUAAUUACUGUUUUGUAUAUGAGAACAUUUUUAAACUGCACAACUGUUCCUUUCAUCUCAGAUUGAGAUGGGUUUCAUAAACAAUACUAGACUAAAAUAUGGUGCUAUAAAUAGGGAAUAUGACAGUACUGGAACAUUCAUAGAACUCGGAAAUUGCAUUCAUUUUUAACACAAGCAGCCUGAUUUAUCAUGUAUGCACUUUACUGAUUUAUUUUCUACUACUUGGAAAUGGUUUUUCAGAUGUUGUAAAAACAUGUUCUCGCAGUAUGUAAUAGUGAAUGCCCAGGUGAAAUAAAGAUU